AAAUAUUCAUUUAUUUGGACUUUUUGUUAUGUCUGAUAACUCAACUAGUAUGCCAAACCCGGAAAUUGAUAAUAUUUAUGCAUCAAUUAUUAUAUUUUUGCUAUCAUUUUCCGGCUGCAUAUUCAAUUUGCUUGCUGGGAUCGUUGUUUUAAAGAACCCCAUACUGAAAAAUGCAUUUGGUGCUCUAUGUUUUAGUCAUACCAUUGCAAAUUUUGGGGUUCUAUUUGUAUUCUGCACAUGGGUCACGCCGACCACUAUUAUUCAAUACAAAUACACCGAGCUCACAUUUGGCAAAAUCCUUGGCCAAAUCAAUAUUCUUUUCUGGAAUGCCUGUUGCUAUUCGCACCUCGUAAUCUCGUCAAAUCGAUUUUUAACAAUUUCAAUGCCAACUAAAGUUUCUUCACUAUUCAACUACCGUAACACAUGUUUCAUCAUCGCUUUUGUAUGGUCUAUGGCUAUUGGUCACGUGAUUCCGUAUUUCUGGCGGGAAACUUGCUACGUGGCAUAUGACCCGGUUAGCUGGACGUGGGUGUUUGGAGAUACUCCGUGUGGAUAUAUUAUUACAACUUAUACGGAUUAUUAUACAAGUGUAGCCAUUUUUGUAGUGAUGAGUACGCUGGAUUUUUCCACUUUUACAAUGUUAGUACUGUACCGUCGAAAAUCCCAUCUUACCUCAAACGACGAAACACGGAGACGUCGCCGUGUGGAAAUUCGAUUUUUCACACAAUCCUGCCUUCAGGGGAUCUUAUUUUUCUACGAAGUCUUUAAUUUCUACUAUAUUGUCACUUUAAACACGAACCAAUGGUUUGUAUUUAUGACGUCAACGUUUGCAUGGGAAUUAUGUCAUUGUUUAGAUGGGUUGGUAGUGGUAAUAUUCCAUUUCAACCGAAGUUUCCUGCGAAAACCCGGACAAGUCACUACAGUUUUCUCGAAAGCCAGUGAAAAUCGCAGUAAUAAGAAGCACUGAGAGAAUGUGCAACUUUUAAUUGUGUACAUGUUCUGGAUAAAUUAAUGGGUUUUUUUUCUGUAAAAUUUUUUUCGGCGGUUUUCGGUCACUUUCAAUGUUCAAUGUUUUUCAAUGUCAUCAAUGUUGGGAAACUCUUGUAGUUUUCAGUUUUUGUUGUCAACAAACUUCGCGGCUCGACCCAUUGCUUUAUUUCACACAAAAUGGUGGGAAUAUUUGAAUGCGCAACGAGAAUGCUCAGUGCUUAACUUCUUUCUGGUUUUACCGUAUCUAUAAAUAAAACAUC